CAAUCUGACAAAAUUUUCACUUCCAAGUUGAAAAAAUGUUAAACCACAACGGUUUUGCAAAUUUUGCGGAAAAAUGUUGAGAAAAGUGCGGAAAGUUAAACCUAAAGCCAAACGAAACAUCGAAGAUGUUCCGUUCUACAAGUUCGUAUACCGGAGGGAUGAACUACCGUUGGAUCCAGCGAGGAACUUCAUAGAGGAACAAAUAUCGAAAAUCAACGUAAUUAAACCUCCCUGCUUCAACAAGGACUACAGUCUGUACCGCUAUCCGCGAGGUGACGGUCAAGGCCUCCGGGACCUCUUGCUUCCGGAGAAGAUAGCUUCAAUCGAAACUGCCGAGUACCUUCCAUCCGUCGUCUCCUCGCUGUCCCCGCUGGAAAAACGCCUUCCGGACGUAACCAGCCAACUGAUAAAACUUUACAAGGAUCUGCGCCUGAAAAUUUUCCAUGACCUAGCCCUCACCAGACCGGUCCUGCUGGGUAACGAGUUCUUUCGCCGUUACGGUCGAGUAAAUCAAGAUGGCCGCCGCAAGCUGCCUGCAAUACGCCGCAAGAAGCGAGCACCGAAAAAGUUUCACUUCGACGAGUUUGCCUACCGCACCCCGGAGGAGAACGACGAAGCACUGCUGCGCAUCCAGCGCCAUCUGGACCGGAUGAUUGCGAAAAGCAUCCGCGAGGCGGAAAAACGCCGCCAGCAGAAGGAGGAACAAGCACGACGGCCGCAGUUUUGCACAUCGUCGUCGUCGUCGUCGUCGUCAUCCUCGUCUUUGAAAGGCAACCGGAACGUUUAUCCGACCAAGGUGAAGCGGAAACGGCUGACUAAUGAGCAGUACAUCAAAAAACUCAAAGUGGAUGAAAGUCUAAAACUGAAAUACCUGCAAGCCCUGCUACCGGUUCACCCGGAUGAUCAGAAGCGCCAAAUACUGCAAAAGUACGAAAAACGCUAUUCGGAAGCCACCGCCAGCUUUGACAAUGCCAUGCGCCAACGAACGUUGAAUGUGCUCGAUGAACUCGCGGUGGAAAAAAUCGAACACUACCCGUCCCACUUGAUCAAGAAAAUUCUGCCCCGUAUCGACAGUCGCAUAACGUACCUAAAGCAAGCGCACAAGUUCAUUCUCGAGGAGGAAAAACUGUGGCCUAACAUCUACCCGGAGGUGAUUCUCCUCGAUUACCUCUUCGACCCGGAGCACAACGUUCACCGAGAUCAGGCCGUUUACUUGAUCAUCCUUCUGAUGGAUCUACAAGAGGACUACCGCUAUCACGUGAAGCGAUCGUUCGUUCGUUAUAUCCUUCGCUCGCACGAACAACGUAAACGUCUGCAGCUAGCGAUUGAGCCCCCAGAGUUCCCAAUUGCAACGAUGAUCGCCCCCGUUCCGUGGAAAUGUUCGAUACAGGUCGCCAAGAACCGACUCGAAGAGGUCCUCAUGGUUAAUCAUCCCGUCCUCCAAGCCAUCAACAUGCUGUGGCAUAAGCUGUACGGAAACCUACUGGUGGUAGAUUCGGCCAAAUUCUACAGCACAGACAUUCCAAUGCACGCAGAUAAGAUCACCGAAACGAUUCACAAUAGUUGUCGCAUCACACGGGAUAUACUGAUCAACGAUUGGAUGCCCCGAGUUGCCGAUCUGGUCGAUGUCAUGCGUAAGUACUGGAAAGAUCUGGUGCCACGUAACUCGAUCCACGGUGGUCGAGGUGCGAUCUUCUUCAAUUGUAUUCACGCACUGACGUCGUACCAUUUGCAAGGGCUGAUCAAGAAGAGUCUGGACCAUUUGGUCGAAGCACUGGAAGCGUACCGUGGGGGAGAUGCUCCGAAUGGGACGCAAUCCAAUAAGCUUAAAAUGAAACCGUUUAUGACGCUGACUGUUUCCGUUGUUGGUAAACCGGAUACCGAGAUUGAGAAGAACACGGAGAAGAGUGAUAUGUCACUGUACGAAGCAGACGAUGAUGAUCCGAGUCUGUUGACAUCGGAGUCUACCGACGAUCUAAUGGCGACAGCAGCUGACGAGCGGAGAACUUCGUUCAUCAUGAAUAGCAGCGGAAAGAUCAUCAUCUAUCCAUACAUGGAAGAACUGCCUGAUCUGUUCAAGAGUUACUUCGUCAAAAUUUUGAAAGUCGGCUACAAGAUACCACGUUUGGAGUACUACUUGACGCAGGAUACGAAGCAACUGGGCUAUUUACACUACAUACGAGAUGAUAAUGCUGACAUGGAGAAGCUCUACGAACGAGUAAAGAGCAUCGUGAUAGCAAAUCAAACUGGUCCAACUAUUUAUUUGUACCCAAUGUACGAGUACUACUUCCCCGUACUUGCUGCCAACAAGAUGAAGGUCAUUACGGAGAGCAUAUUCUCCCAACGAGACCUUCCAACGCUGGAUAUAUUCAAGGAUUUGGUCGAUAAGUUUACUGAAUUGUUGCAUGGAAUAUACUUCCUGCGAGAUUUUAUUCCUCUGAACCUGUUCAUGCUGGACAACAGUCGUCUUAAUCGAGUCCUUGAAAACCUGGUCAAAGAGUUGAAAGCCUUCGUCAUCAACUACUUCAUUACGUUGAAUCAGGUCGAAAAUCGAAGAAUUUGCGACGAGUUUGAAGACAUGUCCCUGCAUGCCGGUGAACGUCCGAAAGAAACUCCGGAAGUGGUCGCCCUUCAAAAUUACCUUACGCAGUGCCGAGAAGAGCGAAUGUACCAGCUGAAGACCGAGAUCAAGCAAGUCGCGCAGCGUGUUCUCUUCCUCCUGACCUACGCCAUACUCGAUCCCGAAGAUAUCAACCUGAAUUCGCGUCUCUUCCUGUGGCCGCAGGAGCUGGAGAAAGUGCUUGAUCUCAGCGGCGCCCGUCUUGCGGUGGUACGUGAUAAUCUGGAAACGGCACUACGUGAACGGCGCGCUAAAUUCGAGAUCUAUCUGAACACAGAAAAGAAAAAAAUGGACCACUUCCGGACACGCGAGAUACGCGAAAUGCUCUCGCUGGACGAUCUGCGUGAAAAGGUCGACACGGUGGAUGGUUUGAUGAUGAUCCUGGAGAAAUGCAGCAAAGAGGCGAAGGAGAUCAAUCAGGAUGAGAAUCUCCUGCAAAUCGAUCUUUCCUACUUCCCAGCAUUGAACGAAAUGAUCGACAGGAUGGCGCCAAUCGAAAAGCUGUGGCAUACGGCGUACAAGUUUGACUCCUGUCACGAAGUGUGGUACUUCGGUCCUUUCAAAGAGUUGGACUCCACGGUGAUUAGCAAUGCCGUUGAUGAAAUGUUCAAUGCCAUAAGUGUCCUACUGAAGGAGUUAUCUGGAAGUCCACAAGCGAAACGUGUCGCUGAACAGAUUCGCAUGAAAAUUGACAAGUUCAAGAUCUACCUUCCGAUACUGGAAGCCAUCUGCAGGCAAGGGCUUUGUGAGCGCCACUGGACGCAGAUAUCCGAGGAACUGGGUCAAGACGUAAAUCCAGAGAUUCAAAAUUCCCUUGGUCUGAUGGUCGACAUUGACGUGAUGAAGAUUCAGAUCCGGCUGGAAGAAAUUUCCAACGCUGCCGGAAAGGAGUACGAGCUGAACAUACAGCUGGUGGAUAUGCAGGAGGAAUGGGUUGACGUGAAAUUUGUGUGCGUCCAGUAUCGCGAUUCGGACAUGUCCAUACUGUCCUCGGUAGACGAUAUCCAAACCCUGCUGGACGAUCACAUCUUGAAGGCGCAAGCGAUGCGAGGUUCGCCUUACAUUGCAGCGCUUGGCACGAAAGCUACCAAUUGGGAAGACAAACUCAUUUCUAUGCAAGAUAUUAUCGAUACGUGGCUGCAGGUUCAAGCUACCUGGAUGUACCUCGAGCCGAUCUUCAGUUCCGAAGAUAUCAUGCGCCAGAUGCCCACCGAAGGGCGGCACUUCAAAUCCGUUGACAAGAUAUUCCGCAAACUAAUGCGUCACACGAUGGCCGAUCCGCACGUAAUCCAGGCGACAGACUAUCCAGAUCUAUUAAACGUCCUACGAACUGUCUUGAAAGACCUGGAAGACAUACAACGUGGCUUAAACCUAUAUCUGGAGAAGAAACGGUUGUACUUUGCGCGGUUCUUCUUCCUUUCGAACGAUGAACUACUUGAAAUUCUCUCUGAAACCAAGGACCCAAUGCGUGUACAACCACACAUGAAGAAGUGCUUUGAAGGUAUCAACUCACUGCAGUUCGACCCGCAAAUGGAGAUUACCGCAUUUACUUCAGCCGAACAAGAGCAGAUUCCCUGUACCAGGAAAAUCAAUCCCGCGCUUGCUAAUGGUCUGGUAGAAAAAUGGCUCAAGGAGGUCGAAAUCGUAAUGCUCGAGAGCGUCAAAGAACAGAUUUGGCAGUCAUACGAAUCGUAUUUCAAAGAUCCUCGAAAGGAAUGGGUUCUGCACUGGCCUGGACAGGUAGUGCAGGUUGUUUCUUGUUUGAAAUGGACCGAAGAGGCAGAAGAAGCUAUCAAAGAUGACAAACUGCCCGAGUACUCCAAGCAGUGCACGGCUCAAAUCGGUGACCUGGUAGAUUUGGUCAGAGGAGAUCUCAGCACCGGAGCAACGAUCACAAUUUCAGCAUUAAUCGUUGUUGAUGUUCAUGCUCGUGAUAUCAUCGACCUUCUCAUUCAGAAGAACGUCACGGAUUCCGGGGACUUUAACUGGUUCUCUCAACUACGCUACUACUGGAAAAUUGACGACGAUGACAAACAGAGCUACGUUGCCUGUAGUAUGGUAACUACGGAUCUUAAGUACGGAAUGGAAUACCUUGGUAAUACGGGACGCUUAGUUACAACUCCGUUGACUGAUCGCUGCUUCCGGACGUUGAUGGGAGCGUUCAAGCUGAACCUGGGAGGUGCACCCGAAGGACCCGCUGGUACCGGCAAAACCGAAACUUGCAAGGACCUUGCCAAAGCAGUGGCGAAGAAAUGCGUAGUAUUCAAUUGCUCCGAUGGCUUGGAUUACAAGGCGCUCGGAAAGUUCUUCAAGGGCUUGGCACAGUCCGGUUCAUGGGCCUGUUUCGAUGAAUUCAAUCGAAUUGAACUGGAAGUGCUUUCGGUUGUUGCUCAGCAGAUUUUGACCAUUCAGCGGGCAAUUGCUGGAAAGGUCGUUAAAUUCGUGUUCGAAGAAACUUCCCUGAAAUUGGAUCCCACGUGUAACAUUUUCAUCACCAUGAAUCCAGGCUAUGCCGGUCGUACAGAGCUACCGGAUAAUUUGAAGGUUCUGUUCCGAACGGUAGCCAUGAUGGUCCCGGAUUAUGCAAUGAUCGGGGAAAUUACUCUCUACUCAAAUGGCUUUGACGAUGCAAGGAUUCUGGCACAGAAAAUUGUUCAUACAUACAAAUUGUGCUCUGAGCAACUGUCAUCGCAGUCCCAUUAUGACUAUGGAAUGCGUGCAGUGAAAUCAGUUCUCACGGCUGCCGGAGCGCUUCGCCGAUUGCAUCCGGAAUUGUCGGAAGCUCAGAUUGUCCUGAGGGCAAUCAUCGACGUAAAUCUGCCGAAAUUCCUGCAGCAAGACAUACCACUUUUUGAAGGCAUUUACAACGAUCUGUUCCCAGGUGUGGAACUUCCACCGCCAGCACGUGAAGACAUCGUCCGAUUACUCCUGAUCGAGCUGGUCAAACGCAAGCUUCAGCCAACGCCGUGGUUCAUCGAUAAGGUCAUGCAAAUCUUCGAAAUGCUACUAGUGCGACAUGGUCUCAUGAUCGUGGGGGAAUCAAUGGGUGGAAAAACCACAGCAUAUCAAGUCCUGGUGGAAACUCUACGAGAGCUACGUAGGGAAAAAGGUCAUCUGUCAGAAGAGCAGGGUGUUUCCUAUAGGAUCAUCAACCCUAAAGCCGUAUCCAUGGGACAGCUGUACGGUAGCUUUGAUCCUGCCUCACACGAAUGGUCCGAUGGAGUUCUGGCCAAUUCGUUCCGAGAAAUGGUUUACACCACCAGUUUUGAGCGGCAAUGGAUCAUAUUUGAUGGACCGGUGGAUGCAGUUUGGAUCGAGAACUUGAAUACUGUGCUGGAUGACAACCGGAAGCUGUGUCUGAUGUCCGGCGAGAUUAUUCAAAUGACCAAAUGGAUGAACUUGAUAUUUGAGACAGUUGACUUGGAACAGGCUUCCCCUGCAACGGUUUCACGUUGCGGUAUGAUCUACAUGGAACCAUCACAACUAGGUUGGAUUGCUUUGCACAAAUCCUAUCUGCUAUACCUGGAAGAGAAGGGAGUCAAUGAGAUCAACAUUGGUCUAUUCGAACAGCUUGCAGAAUGGCUCAUUCCUCCGGCUCUGCAUUGGCUAAAGUCCAUAGGAACUGUUCUCAAGAUCUCCGAAAUGCAUCAUUACUCUAUCUUCUCGACCUUCUUCUCCAUAUUUCUAUCACGCACUACCAGCUACAACCAGCUGUGGUUUCAACAGACUUUCAUGUUCUGCUACGCCUGGGCGUACUUCUCGACCGUAACGGUCGAAGGAAGGAAGAUGAUCGACCCGCUGUUGAGGAAAAUCCUGUACGGAGCAAACGAGGACCAUCCGAAACCCAAACACUUCUCGCUUAACCGAGGCCAGAUGUAUCCGGAAAAAAUGAACUUCCUCGAUUACCGUUUCGAUGAACAGGAAACCUGGUGGCCUUGGUUGAAAUCGGAGGAACUUUCGCUCCCAGAAAACUGUAUCGUUUCCGAACUGAUGAUUCCGACCAAGGAAACCGGGUACAUUCUGUAUUGGACGGAGAUGUGUGUUUCCGCUGGUAUGCCCAUUCUUUUGGUAGGUCCAACGGGUACCGGCAAGAGUGCAACCAUUGCGAACUACAUUCGCGAGCUACCGAAAGCAAAGUUCAUCUCCAACAUAAUCAACUGUUCGGCCCGGAGCACUGCCCAACAGAUGCAGGAUACGAUCAUGUCCAAAUUAGACCGUCGUAGGAAGGGAGUCUACGGACCACCCGUCGGAAAGGAAUGUGUCAACUUCAUCGAUGACGUAGCCAUGCCCGCUCGAGACGAGUACGGCUCACAACCACCUCUCGAACUAAUCCGCCAGUGGUUGGAUCAUAGGGUCUGGUCUGACCUGCGAGAUACCUCCAAGAUAGAAUUGAUCGAUCUACUGUUUGUGGGAGCGAUGGGUCUAAUAGGAGGCAGCAACUACAUUCCGCAACGACUGUUCCGUCACAUGUUUGUCGUUUCGGUGGAUUCAUUUGAAGACACUACCCUGCUCAGAAUAUUCUCCUCAAUAGGAGAGUGGCAUUUUUCCAAAGGUUUCCCAGAACCGGUUUCACGAUUGUGCAAGAACCUUUGUCAAGCAGUUAUCUCUGUGUAUCGUGGAGCAAUCGCUAACUUCCUGCCAACUCCGUCAAAAUCACACUAUCUAUUCUCGCUACGAGAUGUCACUCGAAUCUAUCAAGGAAUCGUUCUGGUCCCUGCCAAAAGGCUUCCUGAUCCGGAGAAACUUGUUCGUCUGUGGGCUCACGAAACAUAUCGCGUAUUCUACGAUCGAUUGAUCGACGAUAGUGAUAAACAAAUGCUACUGCGCUUGGUAGACGAAGCCGCCAACGGACAGCUUCGAAUGAAGCUAGAAACUGCCUUUGGAGAUCGUUUGGAAGGCAGCAAGCGAGUCGGAGAUAGACAUAUGCGCGAUUUACUAUUUGGCAACUACAUGGAACCAGAUGCGGUCAGUCGAGUGUACGAUGAAGUCGAUAGCUGGGUGAAACUCGAAAAGAAUAUGAACUUUUAUCUGAGCGAAUACAAUACACACUCAAAGUCACCAAUGAACCUUGUACUGUUUAGGUUCGCAAUUGAACAUAUUUCGAGAAUAUCUCGAGUUCUACAGAUGCCACGCGGCCAUUUGUUACUGGUUGGACUCGGUGGAGCUGGUAGGCGAAGUUCUGUCAAAUUAGCUGCCAAUAUGGUGGACGCCGAUGUGUUUCAAGUUGAGGUGACCAGAAGUUACUCGAUGAACGAGUGGCGGGAGGAUAUGAAAAAAAUGCUCAUGAAAGCCGGGAAUGAAGGCAAACCAACUGUGUUCUUAUUCAACGAUUCACAAGCGAAAGAAGAGGCAUUUGUUGAAGACAUCAACUCCCUUCUGAACACUGCUGAUAUACCGAAUUUGUUCCAAACCGAAGAAAAGGCUGUCAUUCUUGAGCAGAUGCAAACGAUCGUCAGACAGACUAACAAGCCCAUCGACUCUACAGCCCUUUCCUUGUACAACUUUUUCGUAGAGAGAGUUCGCGAGAACCUACACAUAGCCCUAGCAUUCUCUCCAAUAGGAGAUUCUUUCAAGAAACGUGUCCGCAUUUAUCCAUCGUUAAUUAACUGCUGCACGAUCGAUUGGUUUACUGCGUGGCCGGAUGAUGCCCUGCAGAAGGUUGCUGAAAAUUUUAUACGAUCCAUGGACCUAGAUCAAGAAACUACCUCGUCGAGUGAGCCUUCUGCUACCUCGCUCCAAAAAGAAGACGAGGAAAAAGAAAAACAAAAGACCCGAAAGCUGACCCGUCUCGAGAGGAAGCUUGUGGAGUUGGUAAUGGUGUUCAAUCGCGGAGUCGUCGAAAACUCCGAGCGAUUCUUCCUGGAACAGGGGAGAAAGAACUACGUUACUCCUACGUCAUACUUGGAGAUGCUGCGAUCCUUCCACACAUUGUACCGCAAAAAGCACACGGAAAUCAUAUCCCAGCGCGAUCGGUAUACUGUGGGUUUGGAAAAGUUGGACUUUGCCGCUGGCCAGGUGUCGGUAAUGCAGGACCAACUUAAAGAUUUGCAACCACAGCUGAAACAAACUUCGGACGAGACGGAAAGGAUCAUGGUCAACAUAGAACGUGAAACGGCCGAGGCGGAGAAGAAGAAAGAAAUCGUCGGGGCGGACGAAACGGCUGCCAAUGAGGCUGCCGCCUCGGCUCAGGCCAUCAAAGACGACUGUGAAAGCGAUCUGCAGGAAGCGGUUCCAGCACUGGAAGCAGCACUCGCGGCGCUGGAUACGCUCAAACCGGCCGACAUAACCGUUGUCAAGUCGAUGAAGAAUCCACCGUCUGGAGUGAAACUGGUGCUGGAAGCGGUUUGUGUAAUCAAGGGCAUCAAGCCCGAUCGCAAGACGGAUCCAUCCGGAAAAGUGCUCGAAGAUUACUGGGGACCUUCGCAGAAGAUGCUGGGCGAUUUGAAGUUCCUGGAUAGUCUCAAAGCCUUCGACAAGGACAAUAUUCCCAUUUCGGUUAUGAAGAAGAUUCGCGAUGUCUACAUUGCGGAUCGGGAGUUCGUCCCGGAAAAAAUCAAAAACAUCUCGAUGGCCUGUGAGGGUCUCUGCCGAUGGGUACGGGCAAUGGAGAUCUACGACCGGGUGGCAAAAAUCGUCGCCCCCAAGAAGGUCGCUCUGGCCGGGGCCGAAGCGGAGCUCGCAAUGCAGAUGGAAAAGCUCAACGCCAAACGGGCCGAACUGCAGGAAAUUUUGGACAAGCUACAGAAAUUGAAUGAUUUCUUCGCAGAGAAGUCCCGGGAGAAAAAACGAUUGGAGGACGAGAUUGACAGCUGUGAGAAGAAGUUGAUUCGCGCAGAACAGUUGAUCGGUGGUCUGGGAGGCGAGAAGAAGCGUUGGUCUGAGUGCGCGGAAAGUCUGCACAAGUCAUUGAAGAAUGUUAUUGGGGAUGUCCUUCUGGCAGCGGGAUGCAUUGCCUAUCUGGGAUGCUUCUCGACAGAAUUCCGAAGCCGUAUUAUUGAGGAAUGGAACCAGAUUACCAAGGAGAAGGAAAUUGCUUGUACCGACAAGUUUUCCAUGCUAACUACGCUGGGUAAUGCCAUGGAAAUUAGAAGUUGGUCAAACUGGGGCUUACCAACGGACACCUUUUCGGUUGAAAAUGGAAUCAUUGUGAAAAAUGCCCGUCGGUGGCCUCUGAUGAUAGAUCCGGAAGGCCAAGCCAACAAAUGGGUCAAGAACAUGGAAAAGGAAAACAACCUCAAAAUCAUCCAACAAAUGGAUCCGAACUAUAUGAGAACCGUGGAGAACGCAUUGAUCAACGGUCAUCCGGUAUUGUUGGAAAAUGUUGGAGAAACUAUAGACUCUGGGCUCAACACAAUUCUGGAGAAGAACGUCUUCCAUCAGAAAGGUGCCAAUCUCAUCAAAUUUGGAGAUAGCUUAGUCGAGUACAACGACAACUUCCGUUUCUACAUCACAACAAACCUGAGAAACCCACACUACCUGCCGGAAACGGCCGUAAUGGUAACACUGAUGAACUUCAUGAUCACAGAACAAGGCUUACGUUCGCAGCUGCUGGGAACCGUCAUAAUUCAAGAACGGCCCGAUCUGCAGGAAAAGAAAGAAUCGCUCAUCAUCGAAUCCGCUCAGAACCAGGAAGCUUUGUACAAUGCUGAAGCAAAGAUAUUGCAGGUCCUUUCUUCAUCUGAAGGUAACAUCUUGGAUGACGAGAAUGCGAUCAACAUACUAACCUCCAGCAAACAGCUUUCGGAAGAGAUUCAAGCCAAACAGCUGGUAGCAGAUGCUACUGAAGCGGAAAUCGAUGCAGCCCGGCAACUCUAUAUCCCGGUUGCGCGCCACUCAGCGGUUCUCUUCUUCUGUACCACCGAGCUAGCGAACAUUGACCAUAUGUACCAGUUCAACUUGACCUGGUUCCUGAACAUAUUUGUGCAGACGAUUCUCAAAGCACCGAAAUCGGACAGUCUAGACGAACGUUUACAACUGCUGAUCGAUUACUUCACCAAGGCGAUCUACAACAACGUCUGUCGUUCACUGUUCGAAAAAGACAAGCUUAUGUUUUCCUUCGUUCUUUGCUCGGGAAUCCUACGCGGAGAGGGCAAAAUCGUCGGCCAAGAACUCUCUUUUCUAUUGACCGGAGGGCUUGCGCUAGAUAACCCCUAUCCAAAUCCCGCGCCGGAAUGGCUCACAGAAAAAGCAUGGACCGAUCUUGUCCGAGCCACUUCACUCAAGUCUUUGGCAAAGCUUCGUGAAUCCUUUACAGCGAACAUCGACGACUGGAGCACCUACUACAAUUUGAGCAAUCCCGAAGAGAGUGAUCUCCCGGAACCGUACUCGGAGCACGAUGAUCUGGUGAAGCUCAUCAUCCUGAAGUGUCUUCGCCCGGAUAAGGUCGUGCCAGCGCUACAGAGAUUCAUCGUUCAGAAAAUUGGUCAAUCCUACAUCGAACCUCCUCAGUUCAACCUACGUACAUCCUACGAGGACAGCUCAUGUAGAAUUCCACUCAUCUUCAUGCUGUCCCCCGGAUCUGACCCAAUGGACAGUUUGUUGACCUUUGCUAGCGAGAAGUACAUGGGCGACGAUUGUCGCGUGAUUUCUCUUGGACAGGGACAGGGUCCCAAGGCUACCAAAACCAUCAUGGAUGCCAUCAAGCUUGGCCAAUGGGUCAUUUUACAGAACUGCCAUGUUGCCGAGUCCUACAUGGAUGAACUGGAGAAGUUAGUUACGGAUUCAAGUCUCUACGAACACGUACAUCCUAAAUACCGCCUCUGGUGUACAUCCUACCCGAGCAACAAAUUCCCCGUAUCAAUCCUGCAGAACAGUGUCAAGAUGACCAACGAAGCACCGAAGGGAUUGAAGCUCUAUAUGAUGCGGGCGUACCGAUCGGAACCACUUAACGGUGAAGCCUAUCUGGAUGGGGCAUUCCAUGGCGACACAACGCGGGUAUGGACUCGGGGUGUCUUCUCAUUGGUGUUCUUCCACGCGGUCGUUCAGGAGCGCUGCAAGUUCGGUCCGCUCGGCUGGAACAUACCGUACGAGUUCAACGAGUCUGAUUUGAAGAUUUCACUGAUGCAGCUGAAGCUGUUCCUAAAUCAGCACUCGUACAUUCCGUUCGAAGGGCACAUCUAUCUGACGGGCGAGUGCAACUACGGUGGACGAGUGACGGACGACAAAGAUCGUCGACUGUUGAUGGCACUGCUGAAUCGUAUCUACAAUCAGGAUACCAUCGACCGGGAUGGCUAUGAACUUUCCGAAUCCGGUACCUACCGGGUACCGGUUAAUCCCGUCAAGGAGGAGACCUUGGAGUACCUAUCGACACUGCCGCUGACAGCCCAUCCCGAGGUGUUUGGACUGCACGAGAACGCUGACAUCACCAGAAACAUAGAGGAAACUAAUUCGCUACUGGAUCGGGUCUUGCUAACUCAAACGCAAUUGUUUGCUGGCAAAUCUACUGGGAGCCGGGAUGAGCAAACGACCGACCCGGUCCUGGUGAUUUGCAGCGAAAUCAUGAGGAAACUACCGGAACCAUUCGACGUUGAGACCACGGCUGAAAAGUUCCCGAUCCUCUACAUGAACUCGAUGAACACCGUUCUGCGGCAGGAACUGACUCGCUUCAAUCGUCUGCUGAACUUUAUCAAAAUAAGUCUGGUAGACGUCCAGCGAGCAAUUCAGGGACAGAUCAGCAUGAUACCGGAGCUGGAACGGGUCUACCGUUCGAUGGGCAUCGGGAAGGUUCCGGAAGCAUGGCUUGCGAAAAGCUAUCCCUCGCUGAAACCGUUGGGUAGUUAUGUCAACGAUUUCGUUCAACGGUUGGCAUUCUUCCAACACUGGAUUGAAGACGGUGAACCGAAGGUCUAUUGGAUGAGUGGAUUUUACUUCACACAGUCGUUCCUGACCGGUGUCAUGCAGAACCAUUCCCGCAAGAAUAAGCUACGUAUCGAUGAUUUGGUAAUGUCAUUUGAGGUAACCCAUUUUGAGUCGGAGGAUAAGAUUCAGAAGCGCACGGAAGUCGGCAGUUUCGUGAGGGGCCUUUACUUGGAAGGUGCACGUUGGAAUCGAGAGCUGAACUGUCUGGAUGAACCCCUCCCGCGGGUGCUGUACGACACCUUGCCCAUCGUCUCUAUGACACCGACGCCGAAGAACCGCAAACCAGAACAGCAACGAUACCACUUCGAAUGUCCCAUCUACAAGACAAGCGAACGACGCGGAGUCCUAUCGACGACCGGCCAUUCAACGAACUUUGUCAUGUUCCUUGAUUUGGACAGCGAGCAGCAGCCCGAACAUUGGGUUCUUCGGGGAACUGCCUGUCUGUGUCAGUUGGAUGAUUAAUUCCUAAAAUCAAGAUACUUUUACCCAUAUUUUUAC